AUGGUGUCCGUGUGGGGAAGUAACCGGAACGAGCAACGGACAACAGAAGAAGGAGAAAGACAUCCAGAGCAGCAAUAUGAGCAUCAAGAACCCGAUGAGCGUACACGAUUAAUACCUCGAGGUGCUCCGAACGAGGGGUAUCUCAGUCCUGACGAUCCAGCUGUAUCACCAUACAACCUCUGGAGCGUCCGCGCUCUCCGAUUCUUCAGUUGCCUCUUCCUCGCCAUCAGUUUCGUCUGGUGGGUGUUCCUCCUCGUAUCCAUCUUCGUCAGUCCACCAUUAAUAUACACUCGCGGCUCCGGCUUCACGGAUUUCUCAUACACAACUCUGACCGUGGGAAACUUGAUUGUGAGUUUGUUGUUUUUUACGAUUCCGUCAAAACCAAUGAUUAUGUGGAAUGUGGUGCUGGCGCUGUUGUUGCUGGUGGAUAUGAUUAUUAUUGUUGCGGUGCCGAGGAUUAGGCUUGAGGAAGGUUGGGUCGGUAUUGCGUCUGUUGUGUGGGCGGUUUUGAUUGCGGGGUAUAAUGUUGCGCAAAUAUAUUUCGUGGAGAAAGGGAAGGAAGAGGAGGAAGAGAGACUAACAGGACGCGUGGAGACGAGACGCUCGCUGUUCGAGUGGGUGUCGGUAUUUGUUGAGACGAUUGUGUUGGGUGUUAUUGCUCUCGUGGCUAUCUUGCUUACUGCGACGCUCAUCUUGCGUGCAAGGGAUGCCAGUCUGGAAGUUCCCGGAAACCGGUAUCUGGUCAACAACGACAAAUUCGAGGUCCAUCUCGCAUGCGUGGGUAAUAUCACCGACUCAGGCAGCAAGACGCCUACCAUUCUAGUCGAGGCCGGCGAAAGGCCAUCAGAGCAUUCACUCUUACCUUUCAUUCAUAACGCAUAUCGUAACGGCACGAUAGAUAGAUACUGCUACUGGGAUAGGCCUGGAUUUGGAUGGUCUGACAACGCUCCUUCACCCCAUUCAGCAGGCAUGGCUACCGACGCUUUUUCCGAAGCACUUGCACUCGCUGGCGAAGAAGGGCCCUGGAUUCUUGUCUCAGCUGGCGUUGGCAGUAUUUACAGCCGCAUCUUUGCUAGUCGCCACAUUCGCGACGUUAAGGGCUUGUUCAUGAUCGACCCAACUCACGAGGAUCAGUUGCAACAAAUUGGACAAGCAGGCAGAGGCUUCGUCCUUUGGGGUCGCGGUAUAAUUUCACCCUUGGGUCUGGACAGACUGGCUGGCGCAAUUUUCAAGGGCCGCACACGCGAAGAUCGAGUCUAUGGCAAAGUCUCUUAUCAGAACGGGAAAUACAUCAAGGCCAAACUACAGGAGAACCUGGUCGCGGAGAGUCUGACAGCCAGUGAGAUUGCCAGCGCGAAAAACAUUCAAACACCUGAUACGCCGUUGGUGGUUGUGAGUUCCGGCGUGGAAGUACGCAAAGACGAGAGAUGGGCGAAACAACAGGAGGAGAUGACCAAGGUGACAGACAAUCUUGUGAGUUGGGAUGUCGUAAGGGGAGCAAAGCACGAGGUCUGGACGAGUUGGGAGGGAAGAAAGAUUCUGGAGAGGAGAUUGGGGGAGAUUGUGAAACAGGCUUGA